AUGACAUCCGAAGAAUACAAUGCACAGCUUCUCUCCGAUCCCCGAAUGGCAAAGUCAAGUGUUGUGAACCCGGAGUUCUUGCAACAAUUCUAUCGAGAGUCUCGGCUUCACCAUCUGUCAACCUGGAAAGCAGAAUUGAAGGCGCAGCUACAAGCGGCAGCAAAAGAGAAGCUUCAGUCCCAGGCUCCCAAAAAGAAGCCUGUCCCUGGGGCAAGAAGGUAUAUUCUCCAUGUCGACUUUGAUUCAUUUUUCGCUGCUGUGGCCCUUCUCAAACACCCGGAACUCCGCAAUAAGCCUGUUGCUAUUGCGCAUGGUUCCGGCUCCGGAUCUGAAAUCGCGAGCUGCAACUAUGUUGCUCGUGGGCAGGGUGUUAAAAAUGGCAUGUGGAUGAAAGGUGCCCUGGAGGUGUGCCCGCAGCUUCAAGUUUUACCGUAUGAUUUUCCUGCCUACGAAGAGGCUAGUCGGAAGUUCUAUAACUCGGUGCUUGCAAUUAAUGGCGUUGUCCAGAGUGUGAGCAUUGAUGAAGCUCUCAUCGACGUUACUCAGCUGUGUCUAGAGGCAGGGGGCUCAGACGGGAGAGGUGUUUCGGAGGGGUCCGUUGAUCGAGAACAGUACAAAGCAGGUGAAAUUGCUCAAGAGCUGCGUGACUCAGUUAAGGAGAAGACUGGAUGUGCCGUGUCCGUGGGCAUUGGUGGUAAUAUUCUCCAGGCUAAAGUUGCUCUGCGAAAGGCAAAACCCGCGGGGCAAUUUCAACUGAAGCCCGAAGCUGUAUUGGAUUUCAUAGGGGAACUGACAGUUCGAGAUCUUCCGGGUGUUGGACACAGCUUGAGUGCUAAAUUAGAAGACCUUGGAGCGACGUUAGUCAAGGAUCUCAGGAAUCUCACUCGUGAAAGACUGGUCUCUGGCCUAGGACCCAAGACUGGAAUUCGGAUGUGGGAAUAUGCUCGAGGGAUCGACAAAACGGAAGUCGGAAACGAGGUUAUCAGGAAAUCGGUUUCCGCAGAAGUCAAUUGGGGCAUUCGAUUCACCAGUCAAGACCAAGCAGAAGACUUUGUGAAAUCCCUCUGUGGCGAGCUCAACCGUCGUCUAGUGGAAAAUCUAGUCAAGGGUAAGCAGCUCACCCUCAAGGUUAUGCGACGGUCAAUGGAUGCACCACUGGAACCAGUGAAGCAUCUCGGGCAUGGGAAAUGUGAUGUUUUCAACAAAAGCGUCGUUUUGGGCGUCGCCACCAAUGCCACUGACAUCGUGGCCAAAGAGGCCAUCUCAAUGUUGAGGAGUUUCAAUUUUUCCCCAGGUGAUUUGCGAGGGCUUGGUGUCCAGAUGACCAAGCUUGAGCCCCUCAAAGCUGGGUCGUCGGCGAAUGUCGAUAGCAGUCAACGACAGCUCAGCUUUGCGAAAUCUCCAUCGCGUAAGAAGACUGUCACUGGUGCCGAAUCGACGAGUCCGUCGAAGAACAAGGCACCCAGUAUAGAAUUUCAAACCCCAAGUCGCGCCGUCCACACCACUCCAGACGUUCCAGGAUCUCAGUUCAUCAUGCCUACUCAGGUUGACCCCGCCGUCCUGUCUGAACUUCCUAGCGAUAUCAGAUUGAGACUCGUGGCACAGAGCAAAUCUCCUCUUGUAAAUCCCGUGUCUCCUACACCAGCUCCAAAGCCCCCUAUUCCAGCGCCAGCGCUACCUCCUCAAUCUCAGCUCGAUCCUGAUACGUUGGCAGCUCUACCAGACGACUUGCGUGAUGAGGUCCUAGGUUAUUAUAACCAGUUGCCUUCAAUACAGGUUCCACCUACAGUGGACGUAGCACCAUCUCCUCCCCCCUUGGAGAAUGUUUCCCGUCCAUCAUCUUCUGGCUCCAUUGGGACGAAGAGACCAUUCAUACCGUCAAAGAGAGGACGUGGCCGUCCUUCAAAAUUCUCAAAGAUCGACAACAGAUCCCAAAGAUUGACAAACUUUGUCUCAAGACCAACAACGGCCGUUUCUCUUGUCGAGCCAGACCCUCGCCAACCUUCUCCCGCCGUCGAAGAGCACCAUGGGAUAUCGGCAGAUUUUCUAGCUGCACUACCUGAGGAUAUUAGGCAAGAGAUCCUGAAUGAGCAACGGCGCUCCUCUUUGGUUCAACAACCCCUCCCAGAACCUGCCCCUGUCGAUUCAGGUCCAGAUACCGAACCGGAGACGUCUACUUCCAUACCCGCACCGGAGGACAAGCGAUUGCCAUUGCCUCCUCUACCAGAGCGGCCUGUUUUCACAUCACAACGUUUGUCACAGUUGCCUGACCUCCGCGGAGCUGUCGGCGAAUGGCACUCUGCUUUUGCAAGCCAUGGUCCCUAUAGUGAGGACGUGAAGGUCUUGUGCGACUACUUGGGUCGUGUAAUUGUCGACGAGAAAGAUAUCGAAAAGGCUGUUGCUGUAGUGCGUUGGCUAAUGUGGCUCGUUGGCGAGGAUAAUGUUGGACGCGGGCCAAUGGAUAACCAAACUCCGAGGUCUGAGCAGGGCUUGGUCACUUGGAUGGAAGCCAUCGAGAUAUUACAUAUCUGUGUAAACACCGCUUUGGAAGUUAGAGGACUACCUCCGGUGGACUUUGACUAG